CCGUGGCUUUCCCACGAGGACGACCGCGUCCGGGACCUCGUCGAGGCCCGCGGACCGAAGCUCUGGGCGAAGCUCGCCGUCGCGUUCAACGAGACGCUGGACGAGAAGGACUGGCGGACAGAUCGGCAGAUCAGCUGCCGCUGGCGCGAUCACCUCGACCCGAACGUCAACCGGGACCCCUUUACCGACGGCGAGAUCGAGAUCAUCCGCGACGCGCAGCGCCAGAUGCCCAACAAGUGGGUCUCGAUCGCGAAGCUGCUCCCCGGGCGCACGGACAUACAGGUCAGCACGUUCUGGGACUGCACGAUCAAGAAG